AUGGGUGGAUUUAGGGAUUUUUUAACUAUUCCAUUCCCAGAAAUAGAUCUAAGCGAACAAUUAAAUGCAGAAUUGUCUCGUCUCAAGACUAUUGAGAUGUUUUCUUCAGUAACUCCCCAAGAUUUACCAAUUAAAGUUGGUGUUGGUCAAUACAGUCUCAAAAAGAUAUUUAGCGACUUAUUUACUAUAAAUAUAUCUGUUGAAAGAAUCAGAGCUGAAAAGGCGGCAAAAUUAAUCUUUACUGCAUCAGAUGAAUUGGUUUCAUUCGAAAAAGCUACAAUAGCUGAAUUAGACAUUUCAAAACUUGAUGGAUUCCUUAAUUCUUUGGGCAAUUCAAACACUGAUUACUUAGAACAACUUCAACUUUUAAUUUUACCAUUUCUUUUGAGAGUUCCAAUCGAGCAAUUAAACAAUGAAUCAUUAGGUCGAAUUUUAAAUACAUUAAAAAAGUUUAACAGAAAAUCAAUUUUUAUUCAAGCAUUAAAUAUCAGAACUACCAUAUUUCAUCUUGAAAAACAAAUUUCCCUAGAUGCGACAAUCUCAACCUGCCUGAAAACAAUUACUACUUCGUUACAUAAGAUUUAUGAUUCAAAUUAUUGCGAUUCAAUCAUUCCUAUUAUAUGCAAUAUGUUAGUGCCCCAAAUUUUUAAGGCCUGCAGAGAAGUUUUCGGUCGCGAAAAUAUAAAUCUCAUUGAAAAAAUCGAAUGUCAAGUUUAUCUUCCAGUAAUUUUAGGAUCAAUCGCAGCAUAUUAUCCACUAGCACUACGCAAUACAGAAUGGGCGAAAUUAUGUGAAUAUUUCGCUCAAAAUUCUGAUUUUAAGCGCCAAGUCUACCCAGGCCACGACUUUUUCAUUAAUUACCCUGAAAAAGUCCAGUCCAACAUGGUUGCUGAAAAUAUCAUCGCUCUAAUGUUCUCUUUUGCCUACUUUUACAAAUUAUCUCCAAAUAAUCCAGAAAAUGACCUUUACAUUUCAUGCCUUCGAGCUAUUUGCACCAAGAACCAAGUCGGCCAGCACGCUGUUGCUCGUUCUUUAUACACAAUGACGAAAUUUAGCAAAUUCAAACCGAAAGUUGACCUUUUCCUCAAAAUUAUUAAAAAAGACGACAACGCGGCCAUUCUUUAUAUCAACAUGAUGCGAGAUAACUACACAGAAACCCCAAUUAAGCUUGAACAAAAUUUAAAUCUUGGUGAAAUUCUUUCGGAAAAGUUCGCAGGAUCGAACAACGUCCUUCUUCGUAAAUCUAUUAAGCAGAUCUGCUGCAUGACCAAGCCAAAUUUCAGUUCCCAAGCCGAUAUCGUCUCAAUUACGAGAUCAUUAGAAUGUAUCUUAGGAAAAAGCAUCUAUGAGGUCUAUUGCAUCGCCAAAUCCGAAAAUUUGUAUAGUUUCUUGGACCAAUACAUCAUUAAUUUGCUCAAAAACGGAACAAUUUUCAAAGAUUUUCGGACAAUUCCUGUAAUUUGCCAUCUUUGCACUUGUUACCUCACUCUCUUUGCAAAGACAGUUGCUAAAUCACAGAAUGUAUCAUUGGGAUUCGAUGCAAAGCUUGUUUUGAUGAUUUAUGACACAAUUGCAGUUACAUCUGAGCCAAUUAUCACAGAAGCCAAAUCUUAUACCAGUUUAUCAGCUUCUAAUUAUGUAGAAAGGAUGAAAAUCGCUUCAUUGAUCAAAGGAAUCCGUACCCAAUUUUUCCAUUACGCUAUUUUGCUUUGUACGUACGAAUUUCCUUCAUUAAGGUUCGCAUUGUUACUCUUGCUAUAUGAUACAUUGGAUUAUUCCAUUGACAGCUCUCUGGAUCAGUUUACAGACAUUUUUGACAAAAUUAUUCCUUGGAAUUUGAAAUUAUUCAAGUCUGAGAGCCCAUACAUAUCCAGCCUUGGAUGUGACUUACUCAUAAAGCUCGUAAAUCACACUCCUGUUGGAAAAUGCAACUUCAUUUCGAUUGAUUUGUUUACAAGCGUUGAUAAGGCCUUCAAAUCGUUUAUUAAAACCCCGGACAAGGAAAGAAAAUUAUUGAGGAUCUUCUCAAACCUCACAAGACUCUUUUCUUGUCCGAAUGUGAAAACUUCAUUUUUACAUGAGAAGGAUAUCAACAAAUUCAUCGUAAUUUGUUACUCCAUUCUCUCUACAUCGAUCAUGAUGGAGCACCAGGAGCUCGCGCACUUCAGUUUCGACAUUCUUUCCGUAUUAUGCAGUUAUGAGAUAACAAUUAUACCUCAUGCGCCUGCAAAGUUCCGGAAAAUCUAUGAUACAGUCGAUGCUGAUAAUUAUCUACCAAUUGUAAAGAAAAUUGGCAAGAUUAUCGAAGGAUUUGCAAAUGUUUCACCUUUGAUACUCAUCCAUGCUUUGAAGAUGAUGCUGUUCAUUUGCCAAUCGGAAUUCUUCGUUGAUGUCUUCAUGAAAAUGAACUUUUCCAUUGAUUUAGAGGCAAUUGCGAAAAAUGAGAAGUUCCAAGAGACUUUCAUGCAGAUCAGUUCACUGGCCAUCCAAAUUACAACUGAACUUGCGGAAUUUGAUACUUCAUACGCAAAACGUUUUAUUAAAUUUGAAAAAAUUGAAUCGAAGUUGACAAACUUCCCAGAAGGAGUGGCGCUCAAACAGAAACUUGAUUCAGGUGAUAGGAAACUGGUUCUCGAGUUCCAAUUGAAGGAAUUACAAGAAUUUCCGAAAUUCAGAAAGACUGUGGAAAGCCACAAGAUGGCUAUUGCUGCAGCACCAAAGUUCAGACCAUUAAACGGUGCUCCAAUGGUUCUUCGCAUGAUAAAUCCACGAGAUGACUUUUAUCUCGGAGAGGUUCAUUUUGCUGCAAGAACUGAAGAACAAACUGUAAUAGAAUAA